AUGGCGAACCCAUCCGGGACUGGUAACCAUCAGGAACAACAUACUCAUGUCAAUCCUUCAUCCUUUAACGGCAAUUCGGUUCCUGAGAGUUCUUCAGGUCUUGUCACGAACAUGAAGCAUAAUCCCGGGAUAUCCCUUGAUUGGACGCCGGAAGAACAAGCCACUCUCGAAGAUGGACUCUCAAAAUAUUCCUCCGAAUCUAACAUAGUACGAUAUGCAAAGAUAGCACAACAGCUAAAUAACAAGACAGUCCGGGAUGUGGCUCUGCGUGUCAGGUGGAUGAAUAAGAAAGAAAAUAGCAAGAGAAGGAAGGAUGAUCACAAUUUGUCCCGAAAAAGUAAAGAUAAAAAGGAAAGGGUUUCUGAUCCCGCAGCAAAAUCAUCUCAAUUUUCUGCUCGACCCAAUGUCCCUCCAUAUGCACCACCAAUGAUUACAAUGGACAAUGAUGAUGGCAUCCCAUAUGCAGCAAUUGGAGGUCCUACUGCUGAACUAUUAGAGCAAAAUGCACAGGCCUUGAGCAGAGUCUCCGCAAACAUUUCCUCUCUCCAGAUACAGGACAACAUCAAUCUUUUGUGCCAAACUAGAGACAACAUCAUUAGAAUAAUGAAUGAGAUGAAUGAUUCACCUGAGGUGAUGAAGCAAAUGCCGCCUCUUCCUGUGAAGAUGAAUGAAGAACUGGCAAAUUCCAUACUUCCACUUCCAAGAACACCUCUCCAGCCUCAGUCAUGA